AUGGCCCCUAAGAGCGGCAGCAAGGCGGCAGGCACCGCCAAAUCCAAGACUACUGCAGCGCCGAAGAAAUCGGCAGCGGGAGUCCGAAAGAAUACCUCGACCAGAAAGACGGCUUCCACCAGGAGUGCGACUCCAGCGGCGAACGAACAGCCAAGGAGAAGCGGACGACUGGCAGGCCGGCAGGCAGAGCAGCAACAACUUCCUGCCAGAGUACCGGUUAGACCCAGAGCCAGUCGUAAUAAGCGCUCAGCAAGAGAAGUCACUCCAGAAGCCGCUCCAGAACAAAGCAAAGGCGCUGAAGAUGUCCGAGAAGCCACCGCUGCAGCUGAUCCAGAUUUCAUUCCCGGCAACCCACUCGCCACUGUCGAUGAGGUCGUCCAGUGCCAGUUCGGUGCUGGAGAUAACAAACAAGCAGGUUUGCUAGGGGGAGUCCUUCAAGUCUUUGCUGACGGGCAAGGUGUCAACAGCCGCUUGGAAUAUAGAGCUACUUUCGACAUCAGUCCUGACGACAUGAAUGCAGACGAGCCCACAUUUGCCGGUAUUAUCGAUUCCUGGAGAAUUGACGGCGCAACCAACGCUCGCCCAUCCGCGCGAGCUAGCUGGAUAGAGGAGCUCCUGGUGCCCACCUGGAACGCUGCACACCCAUCUGGAAAAAGCCUCGCCGAGACAAGACUUUGUCUUCAGGGCGUCUACAACAAGAAUGGAAGAGUGAAGGCUGCAGUCCCGGCAACUCAUCCACUCAGACAAUCACUCAUGGAUGAUGGCCUCAUAUUCAUCGAAAUGGUUGGCAUCAAUGAAGACCUUCAAGGCCAAGGCUUACUGCGUCCCAUGCUGCAAUGCUUCCGGAGUAUGUUACAGCGUCUCCCGGAAUGGUUUGCGUUCAACGAUCUGUUGCUUCUAGUCCCGGCACCACCGGACGAGGGCGCUGGCGAAGUCUGGGCAGGUACGGAUGACGCAGAGAUCGAGAAUAUCUUGACUGGAGUAUAUCAGCGAACUGAUCAGUAUCAAGUCUUGGUAAGCAGUUCGCUAGUCGCGAAUGGUCGGGGUGCUGGGUCCGUAACAGCCGUGACGGUCAUGGGUCGCAGGGUGUAG